UCCGAUGCGCGCCGCAGUCACGGUCCUAUACGCGCCGCUUCUACGCGAGCUCGUUGAGGAAGUAUUUGAGCAGACUCUUGUUAGUCUGUUUACUUGCCCAAUAAACGAACGACUCUUUACUGCGCCUACCGUCUUUUGUACUUGUUCCGAUACAUAAAUAAGGGCAGCGGUCCAUCUGCUCACUUUAUCUCGCUCAACCCUCUUCCUCCAGCGGACACAACCAUGUCUAAAAGCAUCUUCAACAUUCCAGAGAUCUUGAUCCACAUAGCGAAACACCUCUCUCCAGCAGAUCUCGCCAGGGCCUGCCGUGUCUGUAAAGACUUUGUCCUUCCAUUUACAAGCGAGCUCUGGCACUCGAUUCAUCACCGAGGAUGCUCUCGCCGCUCCUUUCUUAUGGCAUUCCCACGUUAUUCGCACUAUAUCCGCGAGCUACGGUGCAGUCGCGUUACCAGAUUUGACUUCCUCGACUUCAGCUGUACACAUCUGACAUUGCUCGAGGCGUCGGUAGUGGAGCCCACGAACUUUUCGAUCCUUAAGCGAGUCCUAGAGUCCAACCCAGCUAUCAAAGAGCUCUCGCUGACAUUGAGAAUUUACGCGGCUGAUGUGCAACAAACAGCAAAGCUUAUCAGAGUCAUAACAGGCAUGAGGAUGAUGAAGAAACUGGCCCUCAAAAACUUCAAGGUCCUUCCAAGAACGAUCGAGUACCUACUGGAGCAACUACCUGACAUGCAAUUACUGAGUCUUACUUGCUGGGAGGAAUUUCUUCCAGAUCUGGACGUAGAUUCCACCGCUGGAAUUAUAAUGCCGACUUCGACAAAUGGAGCAGCAGCAUCGGCCGAGGCGAUGGCAAAGGCAAAGCUUGAACGACAUACGAAUCAACAGGAGCGUCAGAGCCAGCUUCGGUAUUUUCACUUGGAGGAUUGCAAGGACGACUACAGUUAUCUCUUCAGAGUGACCCGAUUUUGUCCUCUGCUUGAACACCUCUCGCAUUUGGAGGGGUAUCACUCACAGUCGAGUCUGCGCACGUCGAGAGAAAUGGAAGAGUUCUAUCAGCACCUAAAGGUUCACUGUCCGCGUCUCAGUGAAUUUCGGCUCCGGUGCUACUAUUGGAACAGCAGCAUUGAUCUCGAGGGUCUUGAAUACCUGAUCUUGUUAUUUCCAACGCUGAAGUUGCUCGAUAUCCAUAGUCGCUGCACAAGAAAAGAGGAAAUCUUAGCUACCAUCAUCCGACUGGAGUUUCUGCACGAAUCCUUAGAGGAUAUUCGGCUAGUGGACUUUGAUAGAGUCCCUAACGUCGCAACCUCGACUCUGAUACUGACACUACUGGGGACAAUGAAGCAACUGAAGAGGUUUUCCAUGCCGCUAGGCGCCAUUGAUUCGAUGGAGAUGGUUCGUCAUACAGGCACGUUUGACGGAGUGUUUGCAUGCCGCGAACUGGAAGUACUCGAGGUACCCAUUAUCGGGCCUGACGCGGACUGGGCCCCACGAUGUGUGUAUUCAGUGAAUGACAUCCCUCCGAAUGACAGGUACGACGCCUUGAGGGAUUUCGGGUUCAUAGAUCAGGAUGAGUCUGAGCCAUGCCCUCCGUCAUCCCCUCGACCAGCUUCAUACGAGUUAUAUGACGCAGUGAUGGAGCAACUCGACACAUUGCCAAUGCUUGAUAAGAGCACCGUUCGAUUUCGAUACAAAAACUGUUGGAACCUAUAAGAGUAUAUGUAGUAAAAUAAAGAGCCUCUAGACGUUGCUAUCUCAUUGGAAAAUCCUGCACCAUAUCCUUUUUGAACUGAAUAAAUGCUCGUGCUGCUUUUGCUAUAUGAUUCCCGCGGAAAACUUUAGUUAAAAAAAAAUAUAUGGUGCGGGACUCUCUUUGUCACAGAACUCUAUUUCAAGUGCACGCUUCCUAUUGGCAGGCAAACUCGAUAA